AUGUAUUAUCCUCUUCUAUCCCCAGACAUCGGUCAUCAACAUAUCUACCAAUCCAACACCCGCGGCGAGACCUAUACCUCUCAUAGGCACCAACUAUCCGCCACAAUACCUCAGCUUUCACCGACCAACCAGUUGGCCGGCUUCUCCCAUACCCCCAAUACCCCCUCCGAACCUUCUCCUGCCAGCUCUGUCCCUCCCAUCACGCCACAGCUUGUCGGCGACUAUAUCAACGAGCAACCCCACUUUCAAUGGGGCAUCCACCUCUCUACACAGCCUCCGCACGACCAUAGCCCAGGAAGUCCCGUCACCCCACAGUGUUUCUACUCUGCGGAGUGGAAUAACCAAGACCACACCUUCUCCAAACCUUAUGAUCAUAUCACUGCUUCGGAAGCGCGCAACGGGUUCAAGAUUGGGUCCAUGAUGCGUGGCACCUACUCGGAGGACGGCGGGCCCGGCAACAUGGUCGCACACCUUCCAGGAGGACAGAGCUAUCAUCCUUCUAUCACCCAGAUGCCCACAGAGCCUAGGACCUUCUUUUCUAGCGAAGGACCCGUCCCCCUCCCUUCUCAGUGGUUAGACGUUCCUCCCGUCCCUCCGGUCGCGUCCGCUGGGGUCAUCGAGGCUGCCAACAAACGUCGCAAGAACUCACCAAAGUUCUUAUGCCAGCUAUGCACCCAAACAUUUACAGCAAACCACGGACUCAUCAAUCACAAGAAGGUACACCUGGGUAUCAAAGAAUUCGCCUGUGGGUAUUGUCAGAAAGCUUUCACGACGAAGCACACUUGCAAACGACACACGACUACUUGUCGUUCGAGAUUCUAG